UGAGUGACAGCGAGCAGCAGCUGCUGAGUUACUUAGACAUGGCGGAGGAGGAUACACCGUGAGGAGCAGCGGUGGAGUUACGAUAGUUUCUCCAGCAGCUGAGUCGGAGAACGACGCAUUAAAUGACACAUAAGAAGAGGAAAAUGUGUUCGGGUUAAGCGUACUCCGCGAGGAAACCAAGAGCAAGCCGAACAGCCACCCUCGCGUAAAAUGGAAAAAUGUAUCGCUGUGAGUGAGUGUUUAAAGCAGUCAACAGCCUUGGACAACAAAUAUGGCUUCUUGUGCCUUUUUCAUUAUGCUGUAAAAAUUGUUCUGCCGUGCAACCUAAUGCCGCGGUGGCUCCGGCGAACUUCUGUAAGCCGCGAUAAGUUUCGUUCAGUAAUCGCUCGGUACUUUUGAUCGGUGAGGACAUUCUAUCCACUUGUCUGUGUGUUAGCUGCGAAGCUACGGAACUACAGCAGCGGAUAGCAAUGGAGCCAAAGCACAAAGAGUUGCUCGACCAGUGCCACCAGAACUUGCUGGAGUCCAUAACGGAUGCCGACCGUGUGAUCGAGCUGCUGAUCGUUUCUGGUACCUUGAGCCAACUCGAUAGGUUCGAAUUGGAUCAGAAUUGCUCGUCCAGCGCUGAGAAAGUGGAUCACCUUUUGAAGAUGCUGAUGAACAAGGAGAGCGACCAUUUCCUGGACCUGUGUGUGGCCCUGGAGAAGGCUUACCCCGACCUGCAUUCUGCUCUGUUGAGCCACAACGGCGGAGGACCCGUGGACCACUCCACUGGUUCUACAUACAGCGUGCUCUCCACCAUGCCCUCAGACUCGGAAAGCAGCAGCUCCCUCAGCAGUGUCGGUUCGCCAAUUAACGGUGAAGCCUCCUCCCCGCCCCUAGUCAUCAAUGACAACCGGCCAGCUGGUGACAACCUGGACACCAUCUUGUUCCAGCUCCGCCAGGUGACCAGGGAACGGGAUGAGCUCCGAAAGCGGCUGGCGUUGGCAUCACCUGGGACCACUUUCGAUGACUGCAGCCAAAGGCCAAAUUCCAAAGCCAUUCAUGACUAUGAGCGUCUGAAAAGUCAGUGCAUGAGAGCCAUGGCAGACCUGCAGUCACUUCAGAACCAGCACACUAAAACACUCAAGAGGUGUGAGGAGGCUGUUAAAGAGGCCGACUUCUACCACAUGCUGCACAGCCGUGUCUUAGGUGAUCAAUCACAGUUGAAGGAAGAGAUGGAGACACUCAGGAGGGACAACACCCAACUUGUCAGAGAGCACAAUCACCUAAAACAGAACUGUGAGGAGCUCAAAAGGCUGCACAGCCAAGACCAGAAAGAGUUGGCAGACCUCCGGCUGCAACAACAGCAGGUAAUGAGAGAGAAUGGCUCUUCAGAGGUUUUAAACAAAUUGUAUGACACAGCUAUGGACAAGCUAGAAGGUGUGAAGAAAGAGUAUGAUGCCCUCAGCAAGCGCUAUAGUGAAAAAGUGGCCAACCAUAACACAGACCUGAGACACCUGGAGCAGGCAGAAGAAGAGAACCGGCGGCUGCAAAAGCAGAUAGAUGCAUUACUCAAACAGCGGGAUUCAGCCAUGCACUACCAGCAGCAGUACUCCACCUCGAUGAGGAGGUUUGAUUCAGUGCAGCAGGAACUGAACAAGUCCUCAGCUCAGAACAAGGAGCUGCAGAGAGAGAUGGAGCGGCUGCAGUCGGAGGUGACGCGCUACAAGAACUUGCAGCUCAAGUCAACCAAGGACUGCGAGAAGUACAAGGAAGAGCGGGACUCUGUGUUCAAUGAGUAUCACCUCAUCAUGAGCGAGAGGGACCAGGUCAUCAAAGAGCUGGACAAGUUGCAGACAGAACUGGAGACCGCCGAGGCCCGACUCAAAAACACUUCUUCAGAGAGGGUGGUGGCCAGUGAAGAGCUAGAGGCACUCAGACAGGAGUUGAACUCCUCACUGGUGGACCGCGACAGGGCCAUCUGUGAGCGGAAUGAGCUGCUGGAAAAGUACUGCCAUGAAGUGAAGGACAAAGCCGAGGCCCAGAAGGAGCUGAGCCAGGCCUGCAAGGACAUAGAGAUGGUCCGGGAGGAGCGGGACGUAGCACGAAAAGAGAGGACUGAGGCGAUCAUUCAAAGGGAUCAGCUGCUCCGAGAAUACUAUCAGGCCAGACAGAAACAAGACUCGGCCACCCUCGACAUGGAACGAGCCAAUAAGGAGAUUGAGAUGCUGAGGAAACAGUACGAGGCCAUGUCUCAGGAGUUAAAGGAAGCCACACAGGAGACCGAGGUGGCCAAAUGUCGACGGGACUGGGCUUUCCAGGAGAGGGACAAAAUAGUGGCAGAGAGGGAGAGCAUCCGGACUCUGUGCGAUAACCUUCGAAGAGAAAGGGACCGAGCAGUCAGUGAUCUGGCUGAUGCGCUGCGGAAUCUUGACGAUAUGAGGAAGCAGAAAAAUGACGCAUUACGAGAGCUCAAAGAACUGAAGGAAAAAAUGGAGAGCCAGCUGGAGAAGGAGGCCCGGUUCUGUCAGCUCAUGGCCCACAGCUCUCAUGACUCUGCCAUCGACACAGACUCCCUGGAGUGGGAGACGGAGGUGGUGGAGUUUGAGAAAGACCGGGAUGACAUGGACUUGAAAGCACUUGGGUUUGAUAUUGCUGAAGGGGUAAAUGAUCCAUAUUUACCAGGAGACUGUGGAAUAUUUGUAACGAGGGUAGACAAAGGAAGUAUUGCAGAUGGAAGGUUAAGAGUGAAUGAUUGGUUGUUGAAGAUAAAUGACAUGGACCUGACCAAUAAGGAUAAGAACCAGGUGGUGAAGGCAGUGCUUAAUGGUGGAGGUUUGAUCAACAUGGUGGUACGAAGGAGAAAGUCUCUGGCAGGAAGGCUAGUCACGCCUGUCCACAUCAACCUGAUGGGACACAAAGACAGUGGCAUUGGUCUGGAGAGUGGUGUGUUUGUUACUGCCAUUGUGCAAGGCAGUCCAGCAGCCAGAGAAGGUUUUCUUACAGUUGGGGACAGAGUGAUCGCUAUCAAUGGUAUUGCUGUGGAUAACAAAUCUGUAACAGAGUGUGAGGCUCUGCUGAGAAGCUGUAUGGACUCUCUGAGCCUCUCGCUUAUGAAGUUCCUCCCUCACAGCACAUCUGGGCAGAACAUCUUUGAGAGUCUACGCGAGUCAUCAGAAAAGUCCAAUGGGCGCAUUCACCUCUCAGAGAUUCACUCUCGAAACAGCCGCAACCUCAAACACAACAGCUCAACGCAGACUGACAUCUUCUGCCAUGAUCUUGGAAAUGUCAGUGCAAGUAACAUGUCUGGGGACAGGCGGAAGGUCGUGGCUGACUCUGAUGAAGGGGGCAUGUAUGGGGAUAUUGGCAAACCCUUCUCCACAGGCUCACUCCACGCCACUACCCUACGGGGGGCCUCUGACUUGGGUGCUGGCCGCUAUGGCCCCAGUGCUUUCCAGGAGUGCUGCUCCUACACAAAAGCCCCUUCCUCCUUGCCCUUUGACUCUGUCUCUCACUCAGACUGCAUCACAGUGGAGACUACACUGGAGAAGAAGCACAGUGGAGGCACUUGGCCUAAGAUGAUGGUGGGUGGCAUGUCUGUUGCGCCCGAUAACACCAGCACCAUCACAGCGGCAGCCCAGCUUUCAAUUUUCAAAUCGCCAAAGCAGAGGAAGUCCAUUUUUGACCUGGAUGCUUUCAAACGGCCCGAGACACCCACCUCGAAGAUGGAGUUCAUGGCAGCCAAUCAAAUAGCAACAGUUUACGCUACAGCGCCUUCCCAUUCCCCACAGCCAUCAAAAGCAGAGUCCUUGUCUUCCUCAUCCACCCCAACCCCUCCAACCCCGCCCACUCGCAAUGACUCUUUUAAAUUCAAACACAAACAUCAAAGCAGCUCCGCUUCAGACUGCACGCUCACCUCAAACGGUAAGGGAGAGGCCACAAUCUCCACAUCAGCUGGAGAGAGGUGUGAGCGAGAAAGAGACAGGAAUGGAAACCACUACUUCCUGGAUGGCAAGGUUCUAAUUUCAAGGAAGUCAUGCGAUGAGGACAUUGGCCGAAUGAGAGGAGAGGAGCCAGAAGUGAAGAGGCCGCGCCCUAAAUCUGCCCCUGCCCUCCGACGGAGGAUGACCCCUCAAAUGAUCACGCUGCCCACCUUUCAAAGCUACGCUAAUGAUGAUCAUUCAGCAGAAACCAGGGACAUUCUGCACUCCUCCCCCAGUCGCUCCCACAGACACAGCGUUGGCUUCGUACCCACAGUCUACGGUGGCUCCCUGCCUCCCAAUUCGGCCCACCAAGGUCUGGCUCCUUGCCCUGCCGUGACGGCCGUGAUGAGGAAUCCAGUAUACACUGUGCGCAGUCACCGUCUGCACACCAGCAACUGUCCAUCUGUAGCUUCUCAGAUCUGUCACCAGCACACACACACAAGCCCACAACACCAGGGUCGUCUGAGCCUGGACCUGAGCCAGCCAAAGCGCACAGGCGACUACUCUGAAUCCUUGCCACCAUCACGCAGCAGCAGAGUAUCACACGGUACAAACUCACUGCCCUCCAGUGCCCGACUUGGUUCUUCCAGUAAUGUCCAGUACCGCACAGAGAGGAUCAAAAUCCCCUCAACUCCCCGUUACCCCCGCUCCAUGCUGGGGUCAGACAGAGGCUCUCUUUCACACUCUGAGUGUAGCAGUCCCAGUCUCAUCACUCCACCACAGUCGCCACUUAAUCUGGAGACUUCCUCCUUUGUCAGCAGCCAAUCACAGGGUUCCAUUUCCACUUUACCUCAGAUCUCUGUUAGUCCUGUGCCAAUAGGAGAACGCAGGAAAGACAGGCCAUACUUGGAGGAGCCUCGCAAUGUCGUUGUGCACAAAGGUGCGGAGCCUUUGGGCAUUUCCAUCGUUAGUGGAGAGAACGGCGGCAUCUUUGUGUCAAAAGUCACUGGAGGUAGCAUUGCCCACCAAGCGGGAUUGGAGUAUGGUGACCAGUUACUUGAGUUUAAUGGCAUCAACCUGCGGAACGCAACAGAGCAGCAAGCCCGCCUCAUCAUCGGCCAGCAGUGUGAUACCAUCACUAUCAUGGCCCAGUAUAAUCCACACAUGUACCAGCUCGGACACCACUCCCGCUCCAGCUCCCGUCUCGAGCCAGUCAGCACUCAGGCCACUUCCCAGGUGAGCGGGAACGCCACACCUGACAAUCACUCCACCAUUGAUGCACUCAGUGAACAGGAUGAGGGCACCCUCACACCCUCCUCCAAACAGACCACGCCCACUACCAGCCCAAACAAUUUCAGCAGAAUGCUGUCAGAAGGCAGCAGGAAGGUGCCUGAGCCGCGACUUGUGACUGUCCGCAGGCCUGGGGUGGAAGUGGGCGUGACACUGUGUGGCGGAAACCUGCGGGGCGUUUACAUAGAGAGCCUGGAUGAGGACAGUCCUGCCAGAGGUCCUGAUGGAUUGCUACCUGGGGACCUCAUUCUGGAGUAUAACUCAGUGAAUAUGAAGAAUAAGACUGCAGAAGAGUUGUAUGUUGAGAUGUUGAAGCCCGCGGAGACUGUCGCAUUAAAAGUGCAGCAUCGCCCAGAUGACUUCAACAUGCUCAAAGAUAUUCCAGGAGACGGUUUUUACAUUAGAGCACUUUACGACCGUGUAGGGGAGGCCGAGGGGGACCUGACUUUUAAGAAGGAUGACAUCCUGUACGUGGACGAGUCUUUACCAAAGGGCAGCUUUGGGACCUGGAUGGCCUGGCAGCUAGAUGAGAAUGCACAGCAGAUCCAGAGGGGCCAAAUUCCCAGCAAGUACAUGAUGGACCAAGAGUUUUACCGCAGGCACAGUGUGACAGAAAUGAAGGAAGAUUCCAGUAAGACUUUGUCUGCAGCCGCCCGCAGAUCAUUUUUCAGGCGGAAACAGAAACACAAACGUAGCAGCUCCAAAGACAGCAAAGAGAUGGUGGCUCUGGACGCCAUCAGCACAGAUUCCAUUUCCUUCUUUGAUGACUGUGUGAGCCUGGCAUACCAGCGGGUCCAGAAGGUGGAAUGUGCGUCCCCCCGACCGGUGCUCAUCCUCGGGCCACUCACAGACCCAGUCAAGGACAUUCUGGUCAAAGAGUCACCCGGGAGGUUCUGCAGAUGCAUGUCUGAGGUGAUGAAGGCAUCUCAGCAAGCCAUCGAGCGGGGCGUCAAAGACUGCCUCUUCAUCGACUACAGACGGAGGAGUGGCCAUUUUGAUGUGACGACGGUUGCUUCCAUAAAGGAAAUAACAGAAAAGGGCUGUCACUGUCUGCUUGACAUCGCCCCGCACGCCAUCGAACGGCUCCACAGCGUUCACAUCUAUCCCAUUGUUGUCUUCGUCCGCUACAAAAAUGCCAAACAGAUCAAGGAACAGAAAGAUCCAGUCUAUCUGCGUGACAAAAUAUCUCAAAAACAUUCCAAGGAGCAGUUUGAAAGUGCGCAGAAGAUCGAACAAGAUUACAGCAAAUUCUUCACAGGUAUUGUCCAAGGCGGCACCCUCCCUUACAUUUGCACUCAGAUUAUGACGAUAGUUGAUCAAGAGCAAAGCAAAGUCCUGUGGACUCCACUUGGCUGCCCCUAAAGGAGAUGAGCUGCCGCUACAGCAAACUGUGGCAAUCACCUUCAUUCCUAAACACUUGUAAUUUAUCCCUUUCCCACUACACCAACAGGUACACUACAGUGAGCUAGUUAUGUAAAUUAUUGAUAUUUUUUUUUUAUUUCAUUUGUUGUUAUGGUGUAAAUCGGACCCACCGUGGAUUCUGAUGCAGGUUGGUAGCACUAUAGUUAAAGUUAAUUCAGUCUUCCCUAAGGGUUUCUGGUGGUGUUUUCGUAAUGCUGCAUUGUAAGCUCCUGUUUACAGUCAGAAGGCAAGUCCGACUAUAGUUGUUGAAUAUUUGUUUGAAUGAGAAUCCCUCCCCUGUGCGCAUAGCCGCGACACUAAUGAAGUUUAAUGAACCCUGGCCACUUGUGUACCAAAUUACGUUUGUUGUUGAACUAUAGUUAUGCAUUUGACGACAACUGACAACUAAUUUUGUGUUUUGUUUAUUCGUGUGAGAGUGAGAAAGAUACAAUGUCAGGAAUCCUGUCAAAACUGUUUUGGUUGAGUUGAAUCAUGGUUGUUUGUUGGCGUGAAUCUAAUGCUAUAGAAACAAAAGGCUAAGAUCUGACAUCACAUUUCUUGUGAUGUUUUGUUACAAAGAUGCAAAAGCAGCAAACCUGCCUGAAGUAUGUAGCUGUGGUUUUACUUAACCGCACUCUUAAAUGUGACACAAAUACGUUUAUUAGCUUUAUGCAUCGUGUUUCUAUAGCAGCUGAGCAUGUGGGCAGUUUGUGGGCCUUUCUGAAGUGCCUUUGGAGAAGAAAACUGAUCUCAAGCCAGCCUCUGGUCACCUAGUCAAGACGUUUAAAUGUCUAGGAUCCACUGUGUCUUUUCACGCUUCUUAGACCAGACGAAUCAGGACUGAUUUGGGGUCAGUACAGUAUAGAGCGCAUGACAAUUUUGGUGGGUAGGCCGAAGCAGCGGCCAAACGGGUUAACUCCUUAGAAUGCACUCCAGGGCUAGACAGACCACUGUGUAACUAUCAUUCUAUCUCUCUAACAUAUAUUUAGAAUCAAUAUAGAGUUUAACAUAUUCAAUAUGCAGGUACAACUGAACACAAAAAUAUAUUUAAAUAUAUUACAUGUAUUUUCAUUAGGUCAUGCUUAGGACCGUAUGACAGUCAUGCUGUAGCAGGUAUUGGCAAGUUUUUUUUUUUUUUAUGCAUUUUUUCAUACUUAUUGUGUUUGGUUGUCAGUCACUUAUCGACGUACUCGUUAAAAGACACUAUGAAGCAAAUUUGCAGGGUAACAUCUUAAAAGAUUUUCCUCUGCUCCAUUUAAAUGUUAGUGACUUUUCUUUGUAAUUUAAUUGUAUUUUUUUAUUUAGGAGGCAAAAAAUUAUUGACAAAUACUCUGUCCUCCCUCAAACCAUAUCCUGUUGUUGUGCCAAAACGACUUUAUCCUUUUAUCUGUUUUGCACUUAUCUGUGAACCUAAAACAUGCAACUGUUCCCAGGUUUCCAGUGGACUAUGAAUAGGUACUAUAAUUUCUACUGUAACUAUUACAUGUUUUUAUGUGUCUGUCAGUUCCUUACAUUUCAUUGAUAGCCUUUUAUUUUAAUUGCAAAAAAAGGAUCACUUCUUAUUGGAAUUGUUUUAAAAAAGGGAUGUGUUGUUGCACAGUAUUUUAAUGGAAAACUUGGUCCAGAUGUUUGUUGAUUUGGCCAUAAAGUAAGAGGGUGCAAACUCUAACAUAACCAGCUUUCAGUAUAUGACAUAUAUUAGCAAAUGAGAGGGAUACAACUUUAAGUGGUUGUAGAUUUAGACACUAGAUACCAGGUACUGAUUGAACUUUAAUUAAACAGAAUGUGAUUUGUAUGUUAAGACAUUAACAUGGGAAUAAAACUCAUUUUCUGUAUCAU